AUGUCGUCGAUAUUCGAUAUCUUCAAUCAGUCUCGCCAGCCGGACUUGCCACUCAAGCACAACACAGAGCGGAUCGAGAUUCCGACCAGACGCCUUGUGGCUCAAGAUGCUGCAAACCCGUCUAUCGUGAGCUUGGGGCAUGAUCUUAUCGUUAUGAUUCUGCAAGUGCUGCAAGAUGCUCAUCCUCCAUCGAUGCGUAGCGUCAAGCAAGUGAGCUCAAACUUUCACCACUUGGCAGCGUACAUCGCAUGCAACACACUCAAGCUUGACUUGUCACUGAAAGCGUCAGUGGCUACAAGCGACAGACUCUUGAGGCUUGAGCAACGUGGGCUUCUUGCCGCUAUUCAUCGUAUCGAAGUCACUGCGACAGAUGACGAACUUGCUCAACCAAUGCCCCCCAGCAAUGGAAAUCAUUUCGCUAAGCAGGACGAUUGCAAGGUCAUGUACUUGAUGCGUCGCCUUCUUCUACUCAUGACAGGUCUCACAGAUCUCCAUUGGCCGAACGAGAGCAUCUCGCCUGCUACACUCGCUAUACUGAAAGGCCGAGCGGUGCGUCUUCACGUCAAGGCCGACUCUUACGCGACCAACAACUUGGAUCGUCUGAUUGACUGCUCUAAUCUACACUCACUCAGUGUCCACCAAAAUUAUGCAAGCGCCCGAGACUGUCUGAAGAUCACCGGGCCGCUCAAAGCAGUCCUUCUGUCUUGCAAGAACCUACGACACCUUUCAUUUGACAUAUCGCAGCCUUCGUCUGGGUGUGUAGUUUAUUCUGUGCCCACUGAGUACUGUGGCAUGGGUUUCGUUGACGGAGAGAAGCCUCCAGCACUUGAGUCGUUGAAUGUCUACAGCUACCCUUUUAGACGGCAGCAAGAGGACGGUGAUGACGAUGACGACGACUAUCAAUUCUCAGUGGGAUACCCUGGAAGAGGAACCGAGCAAGAGUACUGGAUCGAGAACUUUGAUUGGUCGCGACUACGAGUGCUCGAAGUCAAUGAUGCAUCGCUCGCUCUCGGCCUGAUGUCGAAGUUGCCAAUGUUAGAAGAAGUCAGUCUGAAGCAUGUGUACCCGCCUGCGGCCAUCAAAGAAUUCUAUUCGGGAGUUCCAACCUCCCUCAAGAGCAUAGAAGCCCAGAAGCUUUCAUCUGUCGGCCUUGCUGGCAUCGUGAGGCAUGGAAGCGCAUUACGAAAGCUACAGCUACAUCAGCACGAAGGAUGGAACAGGGACUGGAAAGAAGAAGCAAUCGACAACUCUUCACUGAUGAAGGUUCGUGACGAGUGCCCCUUUAUUGAAGAACUGCACCUCGACAUUGGCAGAUCUGGAGAAUGGCCUUUCGACAUCCUGGACACCAUCGCUACCUUUCCUGCCCUACGCAGCCUCACAAUCUGGUUGGAGCUCGGAAUGGGCAAGGACGAAGAGCUCGCCACUCCAAAAGUAACAUUCUCCAGCGUCGAGGAUAUCUUCAAGUACCUGCGACAACGCUCGCCAACCCAACCUUCAAAACUGCGAGAACUUCAGGUCUACUCAGGCUCGCCUCCGGGUCUUGGCCAUGGAUAUCCUUCUGCGAUGGCCUUCUGGCCACAGUACAACAGCAUGCACUUUCGCUGUAGCUUGAGCGAGCGCGAUGAUGAAGCUGCGUUGGGGAUCUACACGACUGAGUGCCCUGAGCUGGGAGCACAGGCUAAUGAGUACCUGAGAGGCGAACGUGAGACCUUCACGCCGAGUGGGGAAUAUGGGUUCAUGGAUGAUACGGAACAAGUGGAGGUCGCGAAAGAUGGGCCGAAGUCUAGGGAUGAAUGGAAAGCGCAUUAUUGA